AUGGCGGCAUUGUAUUUCUGUGCAAUCAUCUUAUAUAUGCUUCUUGUGCCACUUUCGAUAGUAAAUGAAGAUGUACAAAAAGAUUUUGCAAACUGCUGCCCCCUAACCCCAAAACACACUACUGCUGCAAAAGAUGGGAGACUGAAAGCCCACUUACAGUUCUCUGACGCCACAAUCAAUAAGCCAAGUGUUAACAUGCAAUUUCGCGACAAAGUUGUCAUCAAAGACUUCCCUUGGAAUUUUCUUAUGUGCCGAGACUCCGUUAAAGGACAUGGGGAGGCUUCUCAAAAAUCUGCUGGUGGAAAGUAUGUUCAGAAAGCCACGAAUUCCAUGGCAAAAAUAAUGAAUUCUUGUUUAUUCUGGAAGGACUCCGUUAAAGGACAUGGGGAGGCUUCUCAAAAAUCUGCUGGUGGAAAGUAUGUUCAGAAAGCCACGAAUUCCAUGGCAAAAAUAAUGAAUUCUUGUUUAUUCUGGAAGGUGUGGAUGUAG